AUGGGGCGUGCGGCUGCGGAUGUGGAGCGCCAUGAGCUAUGGUUGUGGGAGUCGUGGGAGGAACACCUGCGACUCGGCUUCGAGUCGGCCGAGUUCUGGCAGGCCUGCAACUGCUGGAACUGGAGCUACUGGCUCCUCCUCGUGCUGGUGGUGGUUCCCGUGAACAUGGCCGUGGAGCUGCUCCAGCUUCACGCCGAGCGCGCCUUCGAUGCGUACACCACGGUCGCGCUCGGGGCCUCCGUCGCCGCCUGGCUCGGCUGCCUCGGGAGCCUGGGGCUUGCGCCGCAGCGGGGCCACACCGUCAUGGUCUGGGUGGCGUCGUCACUCUUCGUGCUGCACUACGGGAAUCUGUUCCUGGUCACCGAGCAGUGCCACGGGGCACGCCAGUCGCACAUCGCGUGCGCGAAGGAGCUGGUGCUGACCCAGCCGCCGCUCCACCUCGUGGUCUUCGUCUUCUCGUCCUGCCGCCUCCGCCCGCUGCUGGCGGUGGUGGUCUGCGGGGCGUGCUGUGCGCUGUCGCUCUUGUGGUCGCUGAGCCUGACUGUACGGGACGUCGUGGAGUCGCGCGGGGAGGUUGACGCAGCGCAGGUGCACACGGCCAUCGGCAGUGUGCUCUGUGGCGUGCUGCUGAUUUUCGGCGCUCAGGCGGGCGCGUCGGUGUUCAAACGCCAAAAGUACAUCUUCGAGUACCUCAGCGAUCACGCCAGCCUCACGAGGGCACACGGCUCGUCGAGGCUCGCCUGCGACUUUGACAGCAUAGGCGGUGGAGCGCGCAGGUUCUUCGCCUCGUACCUCGACCGCACCCUGGUAACCCGCUUUCCGGACGCCAGCGCCGACGAGGAAAAGCGCUUCGCGAGGUGGCGGCUCGCGAGCGCCCGCGCCUGGCUCCGCCGCAGGGGCCACUACCUCGUCGCGGGGGUCGGCGGGCUGGCGCUGCCGUACCUGUGGCUCUCAUGGGACCAGUACGCCCGGGCGGAGCUCGCGCUCUCGUGCGCGACCCUGCAGACGGCGGCCAUGCUGCUCAUGCUGUCGGCGGCCGUGGCGCUGGGCUGCCGCGGCGGGAGCGAGGGCUGGCCCGUCUGGGUGUUCAUGGGCGCGCAGCUGGCCUUCUCCGCCAGCUUCCUCUGGUGCGGCGGCCUGGGCAAGGUGGACAGCGCCCCGAGGGUGCCGAGGGCGGUGCUGCCGAGCGACCCCUUCGUCUUCCUCGUCUUCUCGGCGCACUCGAUGUGGAGCCUCGGCGUUCGUCCCAUCCUGCUCUUCGACCUGCUCGUCCUCGGCAUCUUCUUCGCCAUCCUGGCCAGCCGGGCGGCCCACCACGUUGACGAGCUCGGCGUCAACGUCUUCACGAUGAGCAGCCGCAUGCUGCUCGUGGUCGUCGAGUGCCUGUCCUUGACCCUGACGCUGGAGAAGUACGACCGGGUCCUCUGGAGGCUCCACAGCUCGGCGUCGGAGGCGCCCGUCGGCAGCUUCGCGAGCUUUGCGAGCUUCGCGGGCGCCCCCUCGGCCGACCGGGCCUCUUCGCUGCAGGCUCCCAGGGACGUCCGGCUGAGCGUCGUGGGCUUCUCGGCCGCGUACUCCGACGACGUCUUCUACUUCAUCGAAGUGGACGCCUCGGGGUACCCACCUCACGUGGCGCUGCGCAGCGUCCCGGCGCUCCGGGCGGCAUUCCUGCGGCUGCUCGAGAGCGGCGAGGCAGAGGCCGAACGCUCGUUCGACGCGCUCGUGGACGCCACGGAGCCGCAGCUGCGCCGCGCCUCGCUAAGGCUGGAGCGCAUCCUCCGCCGCGCCCUGCCCACCGCGGACACGGCGUGCCGCGUCCUCGGCCUCCGCCCAGACGACGCGCAGCGCUGCCCCGCGCUGGCGCCCCGGCUGCCCGUGCCCAGGAUGGACGUGCUGCUGCUCGCUGUUGGCUCGCGUGGCGACGUGCAGGUCUUCAUCUCCACGGCCCGGGCGCUCAGCAGCGCGGGCCACCGCUGCCGCUUGGCCACCCACGCCCAGUUCGAGCAGCUCGUGCUGGCUGCGGGUGUGGAGUUUUACCCCCUGGCCACGACGGACCCCGUGCACUGGCAGCCCGAGCAGCUCAUGCAGCACAUGGAGGCCAAUCCGGGCCUGGGGCCGGAGAUGCUGCUUAGGCCGCAGGACCUGGUGAAGAUGCUCCUGCACACGCCGGAGAUGACGCACGCGCUCCAGCAGCUCGUGCUGCCCGCCCAGCCGCCGGACCGCGAGGGCCUGGAGCCCGCGGUGGGCCCGUGGGCGAUCGGUACGGUCGGGUCGCUGUGA